AUGCUGAUUGUACAACGAGUGGCUCUUCGGAGAAGCGCAUCAACGUACAGCGGGCUCACGUCGGCACAUUUUAUGAAGAAGAAAACAAAUGAGCCAAUUUUGGAGUACAGGAAAGGAAGCAAAGAGCGUGCUGAUCUUGAAAAAGCACUAGAGCAUUACAGCAAGAAUGUGACUGAUGUCCCACUCAGAAUUGGAACCAAAAAGAUAAAAAACAAUUUGGAAAAGAAACAAGUUAUGCCAUCAGAUCAUCAGAGCACACUUGCCAGGUACACCUAUGCAACCAAAGAUCAAAUCAAUGAAGCGAUCGACGUUGCUCUUCAAGCACGCUCAGCUUGGGAAAAGAAAUCAUUAAAAGAGAGAGCCGACAUUUUAUUGCACGCCGCCGACCUUGCUGGAGGCAAAUAUCGCAUGAAAUUGAACGCGACGACAAUGUUGGGACAAGGAAAGAAUAUUGUGCAAGCCGAAAUCGACGCCGCGUGCGAGCUUAUUGAUUUCUUCCGUUUCAAUGCUGUCUUUGCGAGAGAACUUGAAGCUUAUGAACCCAUUUCCACGAAUAUCAGCAAAAAUACGAUGCACUACAGAGGAAUGGAGGGAUUUGUGGCUGCCAUUGCGCCUUUUAACUUCACCGCAAUUGGUGGAAAUUUGCCUACUGCUCCAGCUCUUAUGGGAAAUGUGUCGCUUUGGAAACCUUCGGAUACUGCUGUUCUCAGUAACUACAUUAUCUAUGAGCUCCUUGAAGAAGCUGGAAUGCCUCCCGGAAUCCUUUCUUUCCUUCCAUCAGAUGGCCCAGUAUUUGGAGACGCGAUCACAUCUUCUCCACAUUUGAGUGCAGUGAACUUCACUGGAUCCGUGCCAACUUUCAAAACGAUUUGGAAGAAAGUUGCUGACAACAUUGACAAAUACAUCACAUUUCCAAAAUUGAUUGGAGAAUGCGGUGGAAAAAACUUCCACUUUGUGCACCCGUCGGCUCAUAUUGAUGCCGUUGCUGCUGGAACAGCACGAUCUGCCUGGGAAUACUCAGGACAGAAAUGCUCGGCCUGCUCAAGAAUGUAUGCUCCGAAAUCGAAAUGGGAUGCGAUUCUGAAGAAGAUCACAGAAAUUCAUAAACAAAUCAAAUUGGGCGAUGUUCGCGAUGGAUCAAUCUUCCUAUCUGCUGUUAUUGAUGAUAAGGCAUUCACAAGAAUCAAGGCAUACAUUGAUUAUGCCAAGACUGGAGCCGAUGGAGCUAAAAUUGUUCUCGGAGGAGGAUGCGAUGACUCGAAGGGUUAUUUCAUCGAGCCCACACUUAUCACAGUAACUAACCCGAACAGCAAAUUGCUGACAGAAGAAAUGUUUGGACCUGUUGUCACUGUCUACGUCUAUGAGGAUAAGGAUGUUGAAAAGGUUAUGAACACGAUCAAGGAUGCGACACCGUAUGGACUGACUGGAGCGAUCUUCUCAGAGGAUAAAGAGUUCUUGUACAAAGCUCGAGAUGCCCUUCGCGACGCUGUUGGAAAUAUGUACCUCAAUGACAAAUCUACCGGUUCAAUCGUUGGUCAACAGCCAUUCGGUGGAGCUAGAAUGUCCGGAACCAAUGAUAAGGCUGGAGGACCACACUACGGGCUCCGAUGGACUUCGCCUUUAACCAUUAAGGAGACGAGCGUGCCACUUACCGAAUGGAGAUAUCCAUCUAUGGAUUAG